AUCGGAGGAGAGAGAAAAGGUGAGUUUUUUCCCCAUCUCCGUGUGCGUGCUUGUGCGUCAACAGAGAGAGAGAGAGAGAGAGAGAGAGAGAGCAAAGGUGUUAUAUACAUAUAUUUGCGGGGUGGAUUGGAUCUAGUAUCUAAUUGGCUCGUGAUGGGGAAGGUGGCGGUGUGCACCGCGGCGGUAUGCGCGGCGGCGGUGUGCGCGGCGGCGGCGCUGGUGGUGCGGCACCGGAUGCGGAGCUCGGGGAGGUGGGCCAAGGCGAUGGCGAUACUCGAGGAGCUGGAGGACAAGUGCGGGACCCCCACAGGGAAGCUGAGGCAGGUCGCCGACGCCAUGGCCGUCGAGAUGCACGCCGGCCUCGCCUCCGAAGGCGGCUCCAAGCUCAAGAUGAUCAUCAGCUACGUCGACAACCUCCCCACCGGAGAUGAGAGAGGUUCAUUUUAUGCUUUGGAUCUCGGUGGUACAAACUUCCGCGUCCUGCGUGUACUAUUGGGUGGGAAAGAGAAGCGUGUUGCUAAACAAGAGUUUGAAGAAGUUUCGAUUCCUCCGGACUUGAUGAUUGGGACUUCAGACGCAUUGUUUGAUUUUAUUGCUGAUGCACUCAAGAAAUUUGUUGAUACAGAAGGGGAAGAUUAUCAUCUUUCACCUGGUAGGCAAAGGGAGCUGGGUUUCACGUUUUCAUUCCCAGUUAAGCAGACAUCAAUUGCAUCAGGGGCUCUUGUUAAAUGGACAAAAGGCUUCUCUAUAGAAGAUGCGGUUGGACAAGAUAUCGUGGGAGAGUUGACGAAAUCCCUGGAAAGAGUUGGUCUUGAUAUGCGUGUGGCUGCUUUGGUCAAUGAUACCAUUGGAACACUAGCAGGCGGCAGAUAUGAUAACCCAGAUGUCAUUGCUGCUGUGAUUUUGGGCACCGGAACCAAUGCAGCAUAUGUGGAGCGAGCACAUGCUAUUCCCAAGUGGCAUGGUUUACUCCCUAAAUCAGGAGAGAUGGUUAUCAACAUGGAGUGGGGCAACUUUCGCUCGUCGCAUCUUCCAUUAACAGAAUAUGAUAUAGCAAUGGAUGUUGAUAGCUUAAACCCUGGUGAACAGAUUUUUGAGAAGAUCAUUUCUGGCAUGUAUUUGGGAGAAAUUUUACGCAGGGUUCUAUGCAGAAUGGCAGAUGAAGCUGCCUUCUUUGGCGAUACCGUUCCCCCAAAACUGAAGAUUCCAUUUAUAUUGAGGACCCCUCAUAUGUCUGCAAUGCACCAUGAUACUUCUUCUGAUCUCAAAGUGGUUGGGAGCAAGUUGAAGGAUAUCCUAGAGAUAUCCAACACCUCUCUGAAAACGAGAAAAGUCAUAGUGGAGCUAUGUGAAAUAAUAUCCAUUCGUGGAGCACGCCUUGCUGCGGCUGGGAUCCUAGGCGUCCUCAAGAAAUUAGGCAGAGAUACAGUGAAGGAGGGGGAGAAGCAGAGUUCAGUUAUAGCUAUGGAUGGUGGGCUGUAUGAACACUACACCAAAUUCAGCAAUGCUUUGGAGAGCACUCUGAAGGAGUUGCUGGGCGAGGCAUCUGACUCGAUUGUUAUUACACAUUCCAAUGAUGGCUCUGGCGUCGGAGCAGCCCUUCUGGCUGCCUCACACUCCCAGUACCUCGAGGUCGAGGAUUCAUAGUUAUGAUACAAGGUAAAGUAUUUUUGUCAAAGGAGCUGGAAAUUUUUUGUUUGGGUUAGUUUUUGUGUUCUGUCUGUAUCUUCUGGAAAACAUAGAAAACGUAUUUGGUUUACUUUUUUUCAAACUUGUCUUUGUUCUUCACAAGAGUCCAUUUUUAGCAUGAGAUCGAAAGGUGUUUUCAAAUUCUGGAAAACUAUUUUGCGCUGAAAAAGUCGUAAGAUGCGCUAAUGACUGGUGUUUCUCGUUUUCAGACAGUUUUAGAAAAGCAUUCUAGAAAAGUGAUUUUCAUAACUACUGCCUUUUUUCUCUGGUUAAAGGAUCUUCAAAUAUUUACUUCUUCGUUAACUUUACCUAAAUUUCGCUGUUCGCUGGAUCUUGUAGUUCAAGAGAUGGUGGAAGCAACAGGUUCUUAAUUUCCUACGGAGCAAUGGAUCAAGUACGCACUGGGGUUAUUGUCUGUUCUUUUCCAGUGCUGUAAUGUUUAACUGCUCUAGGGUAACUUAAAUUUCUCAUGAAUGGUGAAUAAGUUCGGGGACAUUCUUCUGGUAUACUAAUACAAAAAUUUUACGGGCAUUAUUCGAUACUGUUGUAUGUACUCUUGAUUUCCUCACAGAAGCUGUGGGUUUUUGUCAUAUAGAGGAGCUGUGUUUCCGAUGCAUUUCUAUGCUUACAUGAAAGCAUGGCAGAACUGUUUAUUAAAGAACAAAAGCCAUUAGAAAUGAUGAUAAGAGUGUAAGUUUGAAGGAUCAAGUCAACUUUUGGGAAUGAACUUUUUUGCGAAA